GAGAAGAUUGUUUCGCCCUCCUACCCGGGCAUCCGGACCCUCUACCUCACCCACAAGGCCCGCAUGCGCAUCGGCAAUCCGCAGCACCGCGAGGUGUCGGUGAUGGGGUUGCCGACCAUGAGGGCCUUCACCACCGGCUGGGACGGCGGCCCCCGCUUCCACUGGGCCUGGAGUGCAGACACGGAGGAGAUCUCGCACGCGGACUCCUUGACAGCCCUGCUGCAGGAGCACCAGUUCAGCAUCCUCGACUUCGAGCCAGCGGCCUUCGCCGACCUCGUUACCGAGGUGUACGAGGAGAAGACGUCGACGCUGAUGAUAAAGAACGGGGAGCUCCUCCGCCACCUGGACAUAGUCAAGGUGUGGGUGCAGGCGGAGGUGUUCAGCGUGACCCAUUAUCUGGUUGCGAAGUCGAAGGUGCAGUAUGGCAAGCGUGAGUCCGGCAAGGACCGUCCGAUUUCAAUGCGCAUGUCCACCAACCAGACUUGGCGGGUGGCAGCAAGGCAGGCGCUCAACAGGAAUCUCGGUAUAGAUCUCCAUAUGCAAGAUGAGUUCAUAUCGUUGGACGAGUCUUCAUUCGUGAAGUCAGAGGAGAUAGAGUACUCCCAGUCGUACCCAGGGCUGAAAUCUGUCUAUAGGAUACACGAAGUGACUGCGCGCGUGCUGCAGACUGCGCGUUUGGAUGGGCUCAGCGGCAUCGGGCUCCCAGAAGGCACCAGCUUCAGCUUCCGACGGCACGAGAACAUUGACAACAUUGCCGAUGCCGCCACGAGAGUGGUCGUCACCUCCUUCCAUUGGGUCCCUGCGCAGGACAUAGGCAAGGUGGACGAAAAGUUGAUGUGCUUCGCGCGAUCACUGGUGGACGGGAAGCGAGAGCCAGCACAGAAUGGCAGAAGCGGGCUCUCGCAGAUGUCCGGCUUGCUGCGCAUAGUGUUGCCGCCGAAUCCGAUCGCGCCACCGCCAGUUACCGAGUGGGAGAGCCCAUAUCUAGUGCAGGAGCUCAUGCGCGAUAAGGUCACUGACUGGGACAGGGCACGGACCGCGGCCAGAAGAAUACGAGAUAAAGACUAUCAUUGUGGGCUGUUCCUGGAGGACUGCAUUGCCGCCUUCCCAGAGCUCAGCCUCUACAUGGUCAGCAGCGCCACCUCUAGCAGCGGUCGGUCGCUAGACGAAGAGUACCAGCGCACCAUCUGCGCCCUCUUCGCGGUCUACUGGCUGAUGAGGCUGGACAUCGACGGGUCGGAGGGCUUCUCCUUCGGGCUGACCGAGACGUUCCAGAGCAUGAAGGAGGGCGAGCCCUCCUCGCCCGCGAGGCCGCCGCAGGAGGUGGAGAAGCGGAGCCGGUUCUACCGGGAGGCGAACUGGGCGCAGUUCAGGGAGCUGACGGAGCAGGCGGGGCUGCGGACGAACACCAGCGCGGGGCUCGACGAAGAGCGCGUCCUCGCGAUGCUGGUGCUCACGGCCUUCCACGACGUCAUGAAGGUGUCGGCGCUCCUGCCGCGAGUGCGCGAGGGCGUCGCCGAGUUCUGUGGCUACAGGUGCGGCGAGGAGAUCGGCGAUCACGACGUGGCCCUCGCGUACCUGCUCACCCACGCCCCUCAGGCACUGCCGUCGUACCGCGGCAUGUCGGAGCGGUCUCGAGAGCUGGUGAGGUUCACGCAGGGCCAGCUGCAGUACAACAUGGGCUGGUUUGUCCAGGCGGAGGCGCCGCCCGGGAUCCUCCUCCGCCAGGUCAAGGCGAUCGUCGGGUCCGGACGCUUCGAUCCGUCGGACCUGUCCUUCUACUUCGUGCACUGGCUCACGGACCUGGCUGGGGCCGAGGGACGUCCGAUGGAGGGGUGCGAGAAGUUCGUGCUCAAGUUCCCGCCGAAGGUGUUAAUGUCCUUCCUGUAUUCUUUCCGCUUCAUGUCGCAGCUGAGCUCCCACACAGAGACCGAGGUGCUCGAGGACUACCUGAAGUGGCGGUGGACGCAGGCGGAGCCCUCGCUCGGGACCCCGCCGAGGGGCCGGGGCGCCGUGGCGAAGAUGCGCAUGGUGGCCAUGGCGCAGUCCCACCCCUGGCACGUGGCGGAGGCCUACGAUAACCUCGUCUUGGUGGACCGGGACAUCCUCGACGAGGAGAUGACUCGCACCGGGUUGGCGAACCAGUCGUUCGAUGCCACCCCCGCCACCGCCGUGCUCUACUGCGGGACGAUUGCCGCUGCUCUCUGGCGCCAGUGA